AUGCCUGAAAAUAAUCUGCUUGUUUCUAGAUGCUUGCAGAUGGAUGUGACAAGCAUGAAACAAACGUGUUGUAAAAACUCGGAAAAAGAGAAGGGUGUUGGUGUUGCAGAGUGGGAUAAAAAUGAUUGGGAACUCUUAUACAAUCUACAAAAACCUGGAGAAAUUAUUAUCACUGAUGACACAAAUGCCUACCAACUUUUUGGGGACUCGAUCUUCACAGCACCGCAGGAGGAUUUAUUGGAAGGCUCCAAGCACCUUAGUGCAACGAUCUGUGAAGAGUACAAGACCACCUCUGAAAUUAAGAACUCUAAAAUUGCUACUGACGUCCGUAGCCUUAUACUGGAAAGGUUACCCUUGUUCCUUCACGUGCAUACUUACACUCGCACACGCAUCUCCCUCGGAUGGCUCAACAAUGACAAGAAUUUCCUAGUUAAAAUAUUUGGAAAAUUGACAGUAGCCAAAGGCCUCAAUUUUGGUGAAGUACGGCUGACAAGAACUCAAGAUGCUUCGGCUGCGGCGCAGCGACGCGGUUAUGGUCCUAUCAAGCUAUGGCUUUCUGGUAAUUCCCAAGUGGAUAUGUAUGAGUAUGUAUUGGGCCAGCUAGGGGUCUCCACCUCACUGUGCCCAUUGUUAUUUGAUUCAGCGAAGAUUUUAAGGCAGCAGCAGGCCGAUCAACAGGCAGUUAAACAUGCCUUGAAAAUCAAGGCCGAGAAUACAGCUCUAAUUUCCACGCCAAAUACCACACCUGGUGCGAAGGAUAGGCCUGCCACUGAAAUCACAUCCCCACCACCUUCAGUUCCACAGCGGCCUGGCAUACCAGGAAAACUUUUGAUGCACAAACCCACAACAGCUCCUGCACCAACACCAAAUCCUCCACAUGUUGAUUCUGCAUCCGAAGAUCAACUUACAAAACAACCUGAUAAGCCAGGACUUUGA